AGGAGUAAUGCCAAAUCGCUAUCGGCAAAAAAUACAUCAAUCAAAAAUCAAAAAAUAAAUUGUUUUCUUUUUCUGUUCCCUUUGCGCUACUUAUAAUUAUAAUAAAGUCAAUAAUAUACAAAUUAAACACGUGUUACGUGAAUUGGUGAUAGCAAGAACGAUUUUAUAAUUCGCAUCCUAAAUGCCGUGACUAACGUAGCAAAGAUGAGCAAAAUGUCGAAGAAUAAAUUGAAUCUGACCCUUCCUCCAGGGUCCAUUGAAACAGCACCGGCGGUAACUCCGUCGAAUAUGACGCCACAGCUGAAAUCUGCAACUGCUUCUGAGCGUCAGGGCCUCGCUGGUAAGUCGAAGACCAGUAUCGAGGCUCUUACAGAACGGCUGGAACAGAUUGAAAUGGAUGACACUCAAAGAAGAAGAAUUGAAGUAUUUCUCUGCCAGAAAGAAAAGAUUGGAGAGCUCAGUGAUGAUGACUUUGAGAAACUUGGAGAACUGGGUCAGGGCAAUGGAGGUGUGGUGAUGAAGGUGCGUCACAAGUCCACCGGCCUGAUCAUGGCCCGCAAGCUGAUCCACUUGGAAGUCAAACCAGCGAUUAAGAAACAAAUCAUCAGGGAACUGAAGGUUCUUCACGAAUGCAACUUUGCACACAUUGUGGGUUUUUACGGAGCUUUCUAUAGUGAUGGAGAGAUCUCAAUAUGCAUGGAGUACAUGGAUGGUGGCUCGCUGGACCUGAUUUUGAAGAAAGCCGGCAGGAUUCCUGAAUCAAUUUUAGGAACAAUAACUUCAGCCGUUCUAAAAGGCCUCAGCUACCUCCGCGACAAGCAUGCCAUCAUGCAUCGCGACGUGAAACCAUCGAAUAUACUAGUCAAUAGUAACGGAGAGAUUAAGAUCUGCGACUUUGGAGUUUCCGGCCAGCUAAUUGACUCGAUGGCCAACUCCUUUGUGGGCACCAGGAGUUAUAUGUCUCCGGAGCGUCUCCAAGGCACGCACUAUUCAGUACAAUCUGACAUCUGGUCUCUUGGCCUGUCAUUGGUGGAGAUGGCCAUAGGGAUGUACCCUAUACCGCCGCCUGAUGCCAAGACACUGGCUGCCAUAUUUGGCGGCCAUAACGAGGACCAUUCACCUGGUCAGGCACCAAACUCCCCACGUCCAAUGGCUAUAUUCGAGCUCCUAGACUACAUAGUCAACGAGCCUCCACCCAAAUUACCUGCGGGGAUCUUCUCGGAUGACUUCAAGGACUUUGUCGACCGUUGCCUGAAGAAAAAUCCAGAUGAACGGGCAGACUUAAAGACUUUGAUGAACCACGAGUGGAUCCGCAAGGCGGACGCGGAGAAGGCGGACAUCGCGGGCUGGGUGUGCAAGACUAUGGACCUGAUGCCCUCCACGCCUAAUUCUAACAUGUCUCCUUUUUCUUCAUAAGCUGCAAGAAGUGCAUACUUUCAUCAGCGAAAAAGGGUCAAAACAUUUCCCAAGAGAGAACGGGCGACACAAUCAGUGAAGACGCUGGCGGAGAGGAGUAGCUCCUCGAUACCACGCGAUGGCAGUACACAGUAUGUCAACUCUAGAUACCAUUGUCCAACAUGUCUCAUACAACGCGCUGCGAACAUGUCUAAACUUGUUCGAUGUUGGCACUAAAGGCCAUAGAUUUGUAUUUGCGUUAGAUUGACAUAAAAUAUUAUAAAGAGGUAGAGGUAUAAAGAGGUAUUAUCACUUUUAUAAAUGUUACACUGAUUAACCUGCGCAUAAGUCUAGUUUUUUUAUGCCGCGAUAUUCAGCCAAUCAGAGCGCGUCAUUUGAAGCGCGUACUAGUACUAGUGAGUAUUAUGAGAUAGCAAGACAAAUUUACAUUUUGGAUUCUAAGUUCAUUUUACCUUUAAUAAGGUCGUUUUUUUAUUGAGAUUUGAUUCGGCGGUGGAUUGCGCCAUUCUGCGCUGUCCGUUGAAUGUUUUCUGAUGAGACUUAUAGAAGUGGUAGUACUGUAAAGGGCGAAUCUUCGGAAGUAUUGAACCGAUCAUGAAAAUUCUUUCACCGUUAGAAAGGUAAAGAAUAUCAUCAUUGUUAGUGGAUUUUUUUUUCGCUCUUGUCAAUCUAAUGCGAAUAUAAAUUAAUGGCUUAGGGAUUUAUUCAUGCAUGUUAACAAGGCAUGCGUCUUAUAUUCCAUCUCUCUCUAUUUUUACCGUUACCCAAGUUAUAGAAAGAGAGGGAAGUUGUCAACAUUCUUAAAUAACUCCGCAGAUCAAUGAAGUUAGUGUCAACAUCUACAGGAUAGACAAAUUUGUGGCGUUAUUAUAGGCGUGAUAUAAAGUCACUGUGUCAAGUUUUAAUUAUUUCAUAAUACAGAUUGACUGCGUUAACAUAGUGCAAGUAACAAGGUAGUGUCAAUAAAAAUGGCAAAUAAUGUGUAAUAGACAAAAUGUCUCAUGAUGUUAUAGAUGGCAUAUCUUCAAACAAGAUUAAGUUAUCAUCAGAAUUGCGAUUUAUUACCUACGGCUUAGCACGUAAUUUUACUAAAUUAAUAUUUGUAAUCAAUUAUAAAAUGACACAGUGACUUAUAAUAUCUCGUCAAAUUUUAAUUGAAACAUAUCACACGAACAAUUAGCAUUCUUCGGGAGAUAUCUGUCAUCGAAAUGAAAUCAAAAUUAAAUAUUUAAUUUAUAGAAAUUGGCUUAAAUUAAGGUAAAUUUUGUAGGGGUUAUUGAAAACUGUAUAACGUUACACUUUGAUAUCGAUUUACGCUGUUAAGUGCGGUCGCCAGUGAGAUUUGCCGCGCGUCGAAAUUAUUUUAAAACAUCAUAUUCAUUAUUCAAAUACAUACAUAAAUUCAAAUCGAUUUUAUUUCAUUCGUGAGUUUUUAUAUUAGAAUUGAAGACAAAGUUAGAUUUUUUGUUUUAAAUUAUACUUUGCUGACAGUCGGCGGAACUCGUGGCAAUCGUACAAAGGAAGAAUAGGAACUUUCCUUCUCAUAUACGGGUUAUAUGAUUUCGAGAAAGUUGAUUGGUGUGGGUAACCGAUACCAAGGUGUCUGAAGAUAGAUAGGGGUAUAAUACUAAAACAUAGUGCAUUCGUGGACGAACUAACGAGGUUUUAUAACGAAAAAAAAACAACUAAUCGAUAAAUGGUCAAGUAGAGUUGAUUUCACUAGUCGCAAGUCGAAAAAAAUGUUAGUAGUGUUUUGACAUAUUUUUCUUUGCUGAAAGUGCGUAAUUCAUGUCAGCUGGUACUUGUUAUUUGAAUAUCGAACGCUUUGCGGCUAGACCGCGGACGUUCGAAGCGCUGGAAUACUCCAACGGCCGUUUUCGAUUUUAGAAUCGGGCGUGAGAGCGUUCCAGAACUGGCCAAAACAUCUUUGUAAUCUGUAAAAUAGAAUGCAUUUUUUAAACAACAAAAAAGGAAAAAAAUUAAAAAAUAAAAAAUGAUAAAAAAUUGUAGGUACAUUUUUUUUUUUAUAUAAUUGACGUGAUGCACUUUUUUCGUUUAGUUUGUUUGUGUUGAUGGCUUUGUUUUAGUAAGUCCGCCUUUUGUUUACCCUGUCCCGAGCACCUAGUGUAGUUACUUACCAUUACCGCGUGAAGCUUUUCGCUGCUUCAAUGUGUUUGAUGUAUGAAUGAGUGUUGCCAUUAUUUUUGUAUUUACGAGCAAAGUUCCGAUUCUCAGCGCUUCCAUUUACCAUUACCUUUGCAUUAUCAUUUAUUAGUACGGGAUUAUAUGACCGACGUGGUACUUGCAUCACAUAAAGGUCAUUAUAAAUUUGUUUGUCAUGAAAGGAGUAUCCUCAUUGUUUAAUUAAUGUUCUUGUUUAGUCUGCGCUUGUGAAUUAAAUUUAAUUUACAAAAUAGAGGCCUUAUUCUUUUUUCUAAGUUAUGACAUCAGAACCCUUUCUUUGCGUGUCAUGUCGGUAUUGCAUCGUUUCAAUAUGGUCUCGUACAUUACAAAUUUGCUUUAAUUUCAUUAGUAAAUAACCCCGACUCCACCCGCUUUAACGAACAACCCAAGGUCUUCCUUUUAGUAUAAACAUUAUCAUUACUUAUAAUGAUUUAUUAAGUCUUGUGUCUCGGAAGUUUGCAAUGUAUCGCCUUGUUUCGUGAUAGCAUUUAUUUUUUUAUUAAGUAGACGCUUUUAUCAUUUAUAGUCGAAUACUCGAAAUGAUCUAGAAAGAUCUCUCAUGCUGUCCCUGUCUAAAGUGACAGCGAGUUCAUAAUUCUUCGAAAAUUCGACCGUAAGUAUCGAUUUAUUUUUAAAAGGUGCUUUUACAUUACUGUUAUAAAUGUAUUUAUUAUUUGACUGCGUUAUAGAAUAGAUUUUUUGUAUAUUGGUCUACUUGUGUUAGUAGAUAGGUGUAUAAUUUUUAUUCUAAAGAUAUUGAUAAUUGUGUGUAAUAAUUGUGAUAGUUUUUAAUGUAUAUUUAUUAUUAGAGGUAUUCCUACGGUUUGCGAGUCAGUUUUAAGUCAGAUUAAGUGGUUUUUAUUCUUGACUGAAAUUUUCAACUAUUUUAAAUAACAUUGUCCGAUUACCUAAGACAUUUUUAGAAAGGGGUUCAGUUAUAGUAAUGCUUUUUUUUGGUCUUUUAUGUAGUUUUUUAUUCGUAAAUUUAGUUUCGUCAUUCGCGUGACGUCAUAUUAUAAGGAGCGUUCAGUGCAUUGUUAAGGUAAAAAUGGUACACGUGGUGACGUCACAUAGCCCAUAUACAAUAUAUUAUAAGACCAUAGCUGUUACAAUUAUGUAUGGAAUUUUGUAUUUGUACAUACAUGAAGUGUACCAGAAUCGAAAACAGUAUAUGUGAAGAAUAUUAGGCAAAAGAUUGUGGGUAUCUAUUUUACUGCUGUAUUUGAGAGAAGCAACUGAUUUCAAAGACAUUACUAAGUUAUUUUAGUCAUAAAUCGUAUAUGCUCAGUUUUUUUCUAAGUAUUUUUAUAAACACCACUAGAUGCGCUAAUGUAGAGUGAGGUCAAGUAUCAGAUUUUGUUGAGAUUAAGGGUUAAUUCAAAAUUAUUCAUAAUUUAUGUUUUCAUUUAUAUUUUACACAAACAAACAACUAUUAACAAAUUUUAGUUAUGGAACGAGAGGGGAUUAAAAAUAUUAGUAAAGUGUGAAUUCUCGAUAUUUCAUGCCAGAUGUUAUGGUAUAAAUGAAAAUGGGUUGCCACUCAUAGUUCAAUUAUAAUUUGGGACCUCAGCCAACAAGAACUUUUGUUAGCACUUAUUGACUAUUUAUUCGUGUACCUUAAAUACGUUACUGGUGUAAUAUAAAUAUAUAUAAAAGAUGGGUUCAAAGAGGACUCGCGACAAAAAACACCAAUAUUGUAAUUUUUAUAUAGAGAUAUUUUUUAAGGCGACAAUUUUCGUUUAUAUUUUAUUAUUUCCGUACAAUAUCAUGACUGUGGUAUGUAUAUUUUUCUUGUUAUAAAGGCAAAUGUAAAUCGCGUCCGAUCUCUAAGGCCAGGCAUGCAUUGGGCAGUUUUCUAUUUGUUUUAUAUCUCUUCUAUAUUUUUUCUAGAAAUCAUAAGGCAGUGUUUGUGCCACUUUAUAUCAUUUCACAAAAAUAUUUUUUCUUAUUUUACACAUAAAAUGGUACCUAACGGUGUUAAUUUAAAAAUGGCGUGUUUUCAGUGCGAUGUAUUUUUCAAAAGCAUAAUACGUGCCUGGUCAUUUUCGAAUUUUCACUACGUACAUGUAAGUGUAAUACAUAGAUUAAUGGUAUUAUUUUAUAGAUAGCUUCUUUGUAGGUAGAAAUUUAUGUACAAAUAAAUGUUAAUUAAAACGA